AUGAGAACUAUGCAGGCCCCACCAGUAGCUCCCACAGCCCCUGCUGCUCCUAUACUUGCAAUAGCUCCUGUUGUACUAGCCAAUGAUGCAAAUGGACGUUUAAUGGAAAGGUUCUUGAAGAUUCAGCCACUCACCUUUGCUGGAAUUUCUAAAGAACCUCUGCAACUAGUCAAGUGGGCGAAAGAAAUGGAAAAUGCUUUUGAGUUUUUUGGUUGCAUCGAAGAGCAGAAGGUCACUCAUGCUAGAUAUAAGGUCCAGCACGAGGCAGAAGUAUGGUGGCAAAUCACUAAGCCUAUUCUAGCUGUUGCGCAUCCCAAUCUGACUUGGGAGAUAUUCAAGGAAGCUUUCUUUGGCAUCUAUUUUCUAAGCAGUGUAAAGAAGAAGAAGGAAAUCGAACUAGCAGAGCUGACUCAGGGGCCUAAGUUAGUCUUAGAAUACCAACAGAAGUUCGAAGAACUCUUUUUCUGCGCCCUCCCCCCCUCACUUGAAUACUGA